CGGCAUCUUCAUAAUCAUUUAGAAGUGAUAUUUCAAAUAAUUUUCAUCAUCCAAGUUGAAUCUGGUGGGUGCUACUCUACGGUUUGCACAUACAUAUCAUCCACAUUGAAUUGGACACAGUUUUGGACAAUAAUAUCAUUAUUAUUACUGCUCUCUUAGCUUGUCUAUUCCAACGUAUACCAGAUAUGGAAAAUGAGGAUCAUGUAGCUAUAGAGUUUGAAGCUAUGCUGGAGAAGGCACAGCCUCUGUUUUCAAACAAAAGCUGCUGCAUCUACAAGGUGCCCCACGAUAUCCGGCAAACCAAUGAAGAUGCAUACACCCCCAUGGUUGUUUCUGUUGGCCCUCUUCAUCAUCAAAAUCCAAGGGUUUUAAAUAUGGAAAGCCACAAGCAGGUUUAUUGCAGACAUUUUAUUGAAAGAUCCAAGGCAAGUUUGACCGAUUUGAUGAGUUGUGUUAGAGAGUUCGAACCACAAAUCCGUGUAUGUUAUUCUGAGAAGAUCGAUCUCACAGUAGAUGAAUUCGUGAAGUUGAUAUUGGUAGAUUGUGGUUUCGUAAUUGAGCUUUUCCUCAGAAAUUAUAAGUGGAUGACAAGGGAUGAUGUUAUCUUCUCAAAACCAUGGCUGAAGCUUCGGCUAACCUAUGAUUUGUUGUUACUCGAGAAUCAACUUCCUCUUUUUGUUUUCGUGAAGCUAUACAAUCUAGCUUUUGCUUCUCCUGAUGGUGACGAUGAAUUCCCUUCGUUUAUGGAUCUUUCUUGCGGUUAUUUGACUUAUUUCUCAACUGAAAAUAUCAACAUCAAUAAUGUCAACGACCAAAUAGUGCACUUCACUGAUUUGUUUAGAUACUUUAUUUUACAAAAACGACGACCUUGUGAAAGAAAACACAAAGAUUUGGUUCUUGGUCACAGUGCAUCUGAGUUAGUUGAAGCAGGACUGAAGUUCCAAGUAGUAAAUAAAUCAAGUCCUAUUGACAUACUAGACUUGAAAUUUGAACAUGGUGUUCUUACAAUCCCGCAUAUUAUUGUAGAUGAUUCCACUGAAGUUUGGUUGAGGAACAUUGUGGCUUUGGAACAAUGUCACUAUCCUCAUGAACACUACAUCGCUGACUAUGUUAACUUCCUCGAACAACUUGUCAACUCAAACAGGGAUGCGGAUGUUCUCAUCAAAGCUGGAAUAAUUCAGAGUGAUGUAAGUGGUAGUGACACUUCAGUGGCUAAGCUAUUCAGAGAUGUUGAUAAACAUAUUGUAGUGGAAAAUUAUAAUGUUAAUUAUCUCCAAAUUUGUGAUGAUUUGAAUGCUUAUUACAAGCAUCCUUGCAACACUAAAAUGGCAACCCUGAGACGCGAUUAUUUCCCCACUCCAUGGAAGACAGCAGCUUCCAUUGCUGGAAUUAUAUUGCUCCUUCUUUCUGUUAUUCAGACCGUAUGUUCUAUUCUCCAAGUUAAAUAACUAUAGCUACAAAAAAAGGCAAGCUAUUCAUGAGCUUCUGAAGGUGGUUGAUUCAAUAAUCUACUUAAAUUUGUAUUGUCUUAGUUAUUAUAUUAUUGCCAAGACUGCAUGGUAUAUUUUAAUUUCUGUUCUUUCUUUUAAUUUAAUUAACAUUGUAUAAUAUAUGUGACAACUCUUUUAAU